AUGGCUACCCACAAAGUCUCCGCCGUCACCAUCGACGAGUUCGAACUCCCCAAAGGCCGCAAUGCGACUGGGGCAGUGAUAGCCGCCACGCUGAUGGUGCUGUCCGCCCGCCGCAGAUUCAUCCAGCCGGGCUCCCUUGUCCAUGACCAAGUCAUCGCCCGGAGCGCCCGGGCCAGCAAGUACGCCAAACCGUUCCAAGAUGUCCUCUUCUACGCCCUCUUCGGCGUGCAUAGCAUCGAGACCGUCUACUUCGCCCUGACGAAGCUGAGGAAACACAACGUCAAGGUUUUCAGCUCCGUCUGGUUCCAGUGGGUCAUCGCCGUGUUCCUCGGAGGGGUGUUCACCCUCAAGCAUUUCGACGAAGUGGUGGAGAAGAAGGAACUCAAGACCAUCAAAGAGAUCUGA